UGCUUUCAAUCGACGAAGGAGUUUUGAGUUGAGAGGAAGAGAGAGUUAGGAAUCAAUGGAGGAAGUAUCGAAGAACGGUGGAACGGAGAGUCCGACUAAAGAACUGGCGGUGGUUACAGUGCCGCCGUCUGAAGUGGAGGAGGAGGAGCCGUUGGUCGGACCUGGACCUGCUCCACGAGGAAAACGCAAGCGUCCCCUUCAGUUCGAGCAAGCUUAUCUUGAUUCGCUUCCUUCUGCUAAUAUGUAUGAGAAAAGUUAUAUGCAUCGCGAUGUAGUUACACAUGUUGCUGUUUCAGCUGCUGAUUUCUUUAUAAGUGGAAGUAUGGAUGGUCACUUGAAAUUUUGGAAGAAAAAGGGAGUUGGUAUCGAGUUUGCUAAGCAUUUCCGCUCCCAUCUUGGUCCAAUUGAAGGUCUAGCGGUUAGCAUUGAUGGUUUGCUUUGCUGUACAAUCUCAAAUGAUCAUGCUGUUAAAAUAUAUGAUGUUGUCAACUACGACAUGAUGGCUAUGAUUGCUUUGCCAUAUAUUCCUGGUGCUGUUGAGUGGGUCUACAAGCAAGGGGAUGUCAAAGCCAAACUUGCUGUUAGUGACCGAAACUCAUCGUUUGUGCACAUUUAUGAUCCCCGUUCUGGUUCCAACGAACCCAUUGCUUCCAGAGAGAUACAUAUGAAUCCAAUUAAGGUUAUGAAGUAUAAUCCUAUUGCAGACACAAUGAUCUCUGGUGACACAAAGGGAAUCAUUGAGUACUGGAGUCCAACGACAUUGCAGUUUCCGGAGGAUGAGGUAAACUUUAAACUGAAGAGUGAUACAAAUCUCUUUGAGAUUGCAAAGUGCAAAACAACAAUCUCUGCCAUUGAGGUGAGUCCAGAUGGUAGACAGUUUUCCGUAACAUCUCCUGAUCGUAGGAUUCGCGUGUUCUGGUUUAUAACUGGUAAACUGAGGCGGGUAUAUGAUGAGUCACUUGAGGUGGCCCAAGAUCUGCAGAGGAGUGAUGCACCAUUAUACAGGCUUGAAGCAAUUGAUUUUGGUAGAAGAAUGGCAGUUGAGAAGGACCUUGAAAAAACCGAGAGCGCUCCGCAGCCCAAUGCUGUUUUUGAUGAAAGCUCUAAUUUCCUUAUAUACGCCACUCUUCUUGGAAUAAAAGUUAUAAAUUUACACACCAAUACAGUUGCAAGGAUCCUUGGAAAGGUGGAGAGUAAUGAAAGGUAUCUGAGAGUUGCAUUAUAUCAAGGUGAUCAAGGAGGCAAGAAAGUUAGGAAGAUUCCAGCAGCUGCGGCAAAUGUAAAUGAAAGCAAGGAGCCUUUGACUGAUCCGACUAUUCUCUGCUGUGCCUUCAAGAAACACAGGAUCUAUAUGUUCAGUCGGAGAGAACCAGAAGAACCUGAAGAUGCAAGCCAAGGGAGAGAUGUGUUCAACGAGAAGCCUGCUGCUGAUGAACUUAUGGCUGCCUCAGAUAUUGGAAACUCAGCCACAACAUUGCUUCCAGAGAAUGUGAUCAUGCAUACUUCGCUGGGUGACAUUCACAUGAAGCUUUAUCCAGAAGAAUGUCCCAAAACUGUGGAGAAUUUCACAACACACUGUCGAAAUGGCUAUUACGAUAACCACCUUUUCCACCGGGUUAUCAGAGGAUUUAUGGUUCAGACUGGAGAUCCUCUUGGGGAUGGUACUGGAGGACAGUCUAUAUGGGGCAGAGAAUUUGAAGACGAGUUUCACAAAAGUCUACGGCAUGACAGACCUUUCACAUUGUCUAUGGCAAAUGCUGGCCCAAACACAAAUGGGUCUCAAUUCUUUAUCACAACGGUGGCUACACCGUGGCUAGACAAUAAGCACACUGUUUUUGGAAGAGUUGUGAAGGGAAUGGACGUCGUUCAGGGUAUAGAGAAAGUGAAGACUGACAAGAACGACAGGCCUUACCAAGAUGUUAAGAUAGUUAAUGUCACUGUUCCUAAAUCUUAGCAUCUUUGCUCUUCUCUCAAAGAUUCUGAACAAUCGUUGCUGAUCCAUACCCCGUGAUUGGUUCCGUGCUGGGACGUUGGUCUUGCGGCUAAUCUGAACUUUGUCGUUAAUCUGAGAUGGAUCGAACUGUGGGAUAUGUUUGUUGUGCCCGAGCUGAUUUAAGUUGGUGGCAUCAUCUUCUUGAUAGUACUGAACAUAAUUAUUCUUAGUUU